AUGAAAUUUAAAAAAAUAUUUUGCAAUACAAAUAUCUUAAUACUAUUUUUUAGGUCUAAGUUAGCAACUGAAACUAUGGAAAUUAGUGAACCAGGCAGAAACAUCAAUUAUAAUCUUUCAAACGUAGAUAACGUAGAAAAUAUCGAAGCGCUAUAUUUUAAAUGUGUUGAAGAAAGAGGAUUAAAAAGAGUUUUUUUUUCUACAAUGCUAAAAGUUCUAGAUUUAAUGACUCAUGUAGAAGAGAGUGUAUGGAUAGAACAUACUUUAGAAUAUUAUUCGGACUACAUUAAAAAUUUUCCAACUGAAGAAGAAAAAUAUAUAAAAAAGUGUUUAGGUAUGUUUAAAUUGCUUAAAGAACUUAAACCCCGUUUAUUUACAGACCAUUCUGAUCAAAAGCGUAUUUUUGAAAAUUCGUCCCUGUUUGAUUUUAGUAAUAAAUGUUACAGAUGUGAUUCUUGUAAUGAACUUAGUCUUAAAAAAAAUUUAGAUUUUAUUCAUAAAUUUGAAAAAUGUAAAAAAACUUGUGAAUACUAUUAUUUAACCGACGACCAAACAAUAUUACAUAGAAAUUAUUAUAGCUUCUUUAUUUUUGUUGAUAAAAAAUUAUUAAAGAAUUUCAAUUUGAAAGAUGACGAAUGGGAAGCAUUGUCGACUAUAUUUGGCAUGACAUCAAAAAAUACUAAAUAUUCUUUUUUAAAAGUAAUACUAAUUAAGUGUUUUGAAAUUGUAGAUCGAUCAAUUAAAAAAAAUGAAAUGUUAAACAUUUAA